GCACAGGUUUUUUAUUGUGAAGCAGACAUACAGUCAGAAAUGCACAAAAUCAGUCCCAGAAGAUGUAUGCAUUUAGCAGUAAAAUGCUUACAAAACAACAAAAUCAUCAUCCAUUAAGACUUUACCGAAAAAACCCACUUCACAAUGAACACUAUUAGAGGUGUUUAUUCGGGUCAUCGGGUUGAUUUUGAGUCACGUGUUUCAUGCCAGUUCAAAAUCAGGGUUGUGUCCAUAUUGAUUUUUACUUAAUUUUAAAUUCAUUUUGAAGUCGGGUUAAGUCGGGUUGGGUUACAAGGUUGAGUACAUAUCUGGUCAUCGAAUCUGUUUUGAACACUAUGCAUCGAAUACCCUUCUCAACAAUGGCGAAUGCACCUAGUAGCAAGCAUUACCCCUAGUUUCAGAAAAAACUAUAUAUUUAUAUAUCGAAUAAAAAAUAUAAGAUUGAUGUUAGCUUAAUUGAUAAGGCCUCUAAUAUUCCUAAUUUCGCCAUUGCUACUCAAGAUCAACAAUAUUCAUGCUUCAUCAAAUGGGUUUUCCCUAUCAAGCUAUACACAAAACACUUAACCAUAAAACAAGGGUUCAAGUAACCAAGGCUUGAUCCAACAUAACUCUUCUCCAUACAAGCAUGGGAAUCUAGCCAUAUCAAGGUUCCAAAUGAACGAGCCAAAAUCAUUGUGAUUCAAGUCCCGUUUGCAAUUUUGAUUCAAGUCACAUUUGCAACACUUGAACUACUACAUCUACAUACAACAAAAUUUACUUGUCACAUUGAUUAAAUUAGCAAAAUACUCUAUUAUUUCGUUAAUUCUGCUACAUUUUCCGUUCUGAACAGUGUUGACGUAGCUACAUUUAGGGGGCGUUUGGUUGGGGGUAUUAAGGAAAGGGAAAGGGAAUGAAAAUACCCCAUUCCCUUUGAUGUUGUUUGGUUCGCAUUUUGAAUCAUUCCGUUUACCCAAUUUUAGGUUUUGGUUAACCUAAAUCACGUAAUCCCCAUUCCCCACCUCCCCCUCCACUUUCCCAUUCCAUUCCCUUCCCCAUUCAGCUCCUGCUUCCUUCCUCGCCUCCCUACUGCUGCUGCUGCCUCCUUCCUCGCGCCUCCCUCCUCGCGCCUCCUUGCUGCUGCUGCUGCGCCUCCAUUAACGGAAUCUCCAUUAACAGAGGAUGGAUGAAAGUAGUGCUAGUGGAGGUGGAAGGGGAAAAAACAAACGAUUUUGGACUGCCCAAGAAGAUAAGGCUCUUGUGGAAGCCUUGUCAGAGUUAGCUGUUGAUCCUCACUGGAGGUGUGAAAAUGGAUUUAGAAGCGGCUACAUGGUUCGCUUAGAGGAGCUCAUAGGUAAGGCUCUUCCUGGUUGUGGUUUGAAGGCUCUGCCACACAUUGAUUCUCGACUUAAGACACUUGUAGCCAAGUUUAGGGCUAUUUCUCAAAUGUUAAAUACAAGUGGAUUCGUCUGGGAUGAUGAAAAAAAAAUGAUUUCUGUAGAUCGGGCUGUUUAUGACGAGUAUUGCAAGAAUCAUCCGAAUUGCAAAAACCUGUUUGGAGUUUCAUUUCCGCACUUUCAUGAACUAAUGAAUGUUUACGGCAAGGAUUACGCUACCGGAAAACCAGCUGAAGAUUAUGUUGAAGCAAUACAGAAUUUGCAAAACGUUGCCCCUCCACAAGUUACACUUGAUUCAAGUGAUGAUGAGGGAAUUGAUGCUAGUGGUAAUGCCACUCAAACUGUUACUUCUCCUCCUGCUAAAAAAAUGAAAACUGAAAAAACUUCUAAUAAAAGAAGUAAGAGAGGAAAUGCUGGUGAAGGUAGUUCUAAUGAGUUGGCUAGCUUACAAGCAUUCAUGAAAGACAUGAAUGUUCAUCUUUCAACUAUGGCAAAUGUGAUGGCCCGCACUGAUGAUCGUGAGCAAAAAGUAGUUGAACAGACUGAGAAAGUGUUAGAGGAACUACUAUCUUUUAAUUUAGAAGGUGUAACUCCUAACCAAGUUUUUGAAGUGGCUAACAUUCUAACCUCACAACCAAACAAGCUCCUCAUAUUUUCAAAGUGUCCCGACGCUUUGAAAAGUGAUUAUGUUAAGAGUCUUCUUGGAGGAAAUAGUAAUGCUUAGAUCUAAUGUUGUGGUUCCAUGAAUGAUUUUGAAAAGGACUAGAACACUUUUCGUAUGUAUUUUGAUCUACAAACAAGUCAUUAUAUGUAAUUAAUCGAGCUACGUUGUUAUUAUUUAGAGUUAUGUUUUUUCAAAAAAUAAUUUUUUCAAGUUUAUCAUAUAACAACUACUUAUUUUUGGAGAAAAUAUAAAAGAAUUUAAAAAAUCAAAUUUUGAUUCCUUAGCUUGAACCAAACAGUCACAAAGGGAAUCAUUCAGCAGUUCAUUCCGUUUCCUGAACACAACCAAACAACUAGGCUAAAUUAGGGGAAUCCAUUUCUUUCUCCUUCAUUCCCUUUCCUGAUUCCAUUCCGAUUCCCUUGUGCGAACCAAACGGCCCCUUAUAUUUUUAUUAUGGCCCCAUAUCCUCUCUACUACUCCUAUCCACAAACUUAUUCUCCAUACUCAACUCAUCCACAACCUCAUUCUACCUAUGUUUCUUCCAUCUAUUUGUGGUACUAAAUAGUGGUAAUAAUUUAUAGAAUAAAUUUUCAUCAAAAGUUAUGUUAUUCCCCUGGUAACGAAACUUUGAUUAUAAAAGUUUUUUUUUUUUACAAAUUUCCUUACCAUCUUAUACAACCUCUCCUAAUAGUAAUGAAUUGAAAUGAAAUUUAUGAAAAAAAUAAGAUAAUUAAACUUGGACAAGCAUGACCAUCAAGGUAGUAAGAGAUUUUUCAACCAAAAUUACACUAGUUUUCAUUCUCGUUAUUACUGUUUAAUACCAAGUGCCGUUAAUGUCAUCCAUACAAAUUACAAUUCAAUAUAUCUUCAUUUAUUACCAUGUUCUCACCUUCCCUUAAAUAAUACCAUGUUUGCAGCAAAUUCAACUAGACAGAGUAGUAUAAAUUAUAAUUUAAUAGAGAAUUUUGCUCUAUCAUAACAAAAUCAAAGGACUAUGUCUAAUAGUCUAUGUGUUAUCAAAUAAUAAAGUUCAAAUCUUUAGUUUAUUCUAAAAAAUAAAUAAGGGCAACAUAACCAACAAAAAAGAGACCAAAACCAAAAACCCACAAAAUUUCUAAAAUACCCAUAAGAAAUCUUCAUCAAACAAGCAAAAAAAGUACGUUAAACAAAUGGAGAGGA